UCCCUGCACACUUUGCGCUCGCGCUGCUUCUCGGGGCUCUGCGGUCUCGUUAGGAGCCAGUUAACUGUCUGCGCGAGCCCGAAGCGCGUUUCAGGGAUGAGACGUAGAAGAAAACACGGAGGAGUUCGUCAAAAAAUGUUGAUAAAAUUCACCUGCGGGAUCCGGAAGUUGAUUUUUACCGACACGAGUUGGAUUUUUAUCGCUUGUCUGGCAGGUGUCCUCCCUCCGUCCUGCUCAGGCGUUCAUGUAUCUGUGAACGAUGAGAAGAGGUACGCCAUACCGUUCCAGUCGGUUGUUCUGCCUUGUCACUACUCCACCGUGUCCACCCAGACCGCCGUGGUGCAGUGGGUCUACAAGUCUUACUGUCGAGACCGUACAAGGGACUCCUUCAGCUUCCCUGACAGCUUGGGCCGUGGCCUGGGGGGAGGUGCGCUGCAGGGAAAUGGAGCAAUGGGAAGAGGCUACGAGACGGGACCGAUGCCGAGCUACCUGGACUGCUCUGACAGCAGCCGGACCGUUCGAACCGUGGCCUCCAUCUCUGGAUCCUCAGUCACGCUGUCAGAGUUCUACAAAAACAGAGACAUUUCCAUCAUCAAUGCAGCAGACCUGCAGAUAGGUGAGGUCCAGUGGGGAGAUAGUGGAGUUUACUUCUGUAAGGUGAUUAUAUCUGAUGAUCUGGAAGGACACAAUGAAGCUUCAGUGGAGCUGCUGGUUCUUGGUUUCUCAGCUGUGCCUGAAGAUCUGCUUCCUGACUUUGAUUUGAAGAUUAUGCCAGAGUGGGUGUUUGUGGCAGCGGUGGUGCUUGGAAGUGUUUUAUUCCUGCUGCUGGUCGGGGUUUGCUGGUGUCAGUGUUGUCCUCACUCCUGCUGCUGCUACGUCAGCUGCUGGUGCUGCCCCGACACAUGCUGCUGCCCCCGACACUUGUAUGAAGCAGGUAAGGGUAUAAAGACGGGCAGCUCCACCCCUCAGUCUCCAACCUACCCUCCGUACUUUGUUUCUGGACUUCCUGCCAUGGUUCCUAUAGCUCCACCAUCACUGGUGGACAAAGUGUCUUCCCUUCCACCAUCUGAUGGCAGCCUGAUCGCAGCAGUAUCUCCAGUUCCCAUGCCUGCUGUGUACUGCGUGCCUCCACCGCAGGAUCACAACUCGCUCAGGAUGCUGCAGUACGUAGAGAAACAGCUGGCUAACUUCAACCCAUCCAGAUCCAUCAGCCAACAGUCCUGUAGCCCCUCUGAGGUGAGCUCCCUUCACACUGGAGAAAAUGGUUUCCGCCAGACUUACCUGAGUGUCCAGAAGAACGCUCUACCUGCCAUCCCUGACCAAGACUCUGGACCUGAACCACAGGGUUACCGUGAGAACCGUAGUCCAGAGCCACAGCGUCACCGCAACAAACUCUCAUCACCUCAUCGUUACUGUCACGACGCUGGCUCAGACCCCCGUGACCCCCAAGAUGAGCCUCUGCUGCCACGCCGGUACAGCGACGACCCUCCAUCUUCCUCUCAAUCACACAGGAGGGGUCGAAACCAGCUGCAACAGAACUCCGAUGAGGAGGACAAACACAAGCGAUGGAACCCUCGAUCAGAACAUCUGCACAGAAAGACCUACCGCUCCUCCGGAGAGACGGGCUCGCGGGAUGAACUGGAGGAGUUUGCUGCUUCCAACAGGCAGAGAGGAGGAAGAGGAGCAGAGAGGAAGGAAGAGGAGCGGGUGGACUAUGAGGUGGAGCUGCUGGAGUUCAGUCAAUAUCCGUCGUACAGAAACGGUCCUCCUCAGCAUUAUCACAGCAGCGAUCAUGAGCCUGAGGAUGGCAGCGACCGUGAAGACACGUUCAGGCACAACAUAAGCCCUUUGUCUUCCCCUAAAAGGAAGGGGGACACACGGGACAGGGGGGGCACUGUCCCACCUCCUCCCACCAGGAGUCCACCACCAGGUUCCUCUCGAGAAAAGGACUACGAUCCCGCGUUCCUGGACAGCCUUCUGUAUCGGAAGGCCCGGUUACGUGGAAUCGGUCAGGGGAAGGGCGGGGCCUGGGCCGAGGAAGAGUCAGACACUCCGUCAAAAAAAAGCAGCAGGGAGUCCAGUCGGCACUGCGGCCACUCGCCUGCGAACAGGUCCGAGGCGCGCUCUGUGCCCCUGUCUGAGUCCGACAGAACCAGAACUGACCGGCCGUCACCGAGGCCGCUCCCAGCAAACAGCCGGUCGUCUCCGCCCUCUCAGUCCUCGUGCGAUCGCAGAGAAGAACCCAGAGACAAGUCCCGCAAAGUGAACCCCCUCCUCAGCAGAGACUCUCUCAUCGUCUGAUCCACCUGAAGACUGGAGCCCUGGAGCAGAGAGACCCUGACACCCUGCAGGAACCGAAGGACCACUGAACGGACCCAGACUGAAUUUGAGUCUGUGUGAGA